UAUAUAAAAUUAUAUAUACAGCACAUAUACAAACACAAAAGUUGAAAAAAGAAGACAAAGAAGAAGAAGAUACCACAAUUGGCCGGAAUAAGUCGGCCAAAUCAGAAAUUAAAACCUCUCUGCCGGCCAAUCUUAAUCAAUCAGUGGUACCAAUUUCAUCAGCAUCCAUUGCCAGCCCACACUCUACACCACUAUCUUUUCCAACCUCAUAUUAGUUUUAUUGAUUAAUUAAUUAAUUCUCUCUUUCUUUAAAACCCUCUUCUUUUGAAGACCAAGUCAUAAUAAUUUAUAUUCUAUAUCCAAUAAUUUUCAUAUAUUUUAUAAAAUUCUCUCUCCAAAUUAAGAUCAUCAUCAAUUUUGUUAUUUUUCUUCUUCUUCUAUUUCUAUGGCGAAGUUAUCACAGAAAAACAACGCCAAUAAUAAUAAUAAUAGUGCUACUACUAACAAUGGUAGUCAUGUUCCAAAAGUGAAGAGAACAAGGAGAAGUGUCCCCAGAGACUCUCCUCCUCAACGCAGCUCUAUUUAUCGAGGUGUCACAAGGCAUCGAUGGACUGGACGGUAUGAGGCUCAUUUGUGGGAUAAGAAUUGCUGGAAUGAAUCACAGAACAAGAAAGGACGCCAAGUUUAUCUUGGUUUGUAUUCUGAAUUAUGUGCAUAUGACGAUGAGGAAGCAGCAGCACAUGCUUAUGAUUUAGCAGCAUUGAAAUAUUGGGGUCAUGACACCAUUCUCAACUUUCCGUUAUCAACUUAUGAGAAAGAAUUGAAGGAUAUGGAGGGUGUGGCUAGAGAAGAAUAUAUUGGAUCACUUAGAAGGAAAAGUAGCGGAUUCUCCAGGGGAGUUUCAAAAUAUAGAGGUGUUGCAAGACAUCAUCACAAUGGAAGAUGGGAAGCUCGAAUUGGGCGAGUCUUUGGCAACAAAUAUCUAUAUCUUGGUACAUAUGCUACCCAAGAAGAAGCUGCAACUGCUUACGAUAUGGCAGCAAUAGAGUACCGAGGGCUUAAUGCAGUCACAAACUUUGACCUUAGCCGCUACAUCAAAUGGCUGAAACCUAACACUACUACCUCUACUACCACUACUACUACCAAUGCUACCACUACCACUUAUAAUCAUAAUAAUAUCAAUGGGAAUUUAAUUAGCUUACCUAACCCAAUCAAUAUUAAUCACGAGGCUACCACCACUUUAAACCAUGAUCCAAAUCUUAUGAUUAGCCAAAAACAACAAGAUGAUCAUCAUGAUCAACUAGGGUUAAGUAAUUUCUUUCAUGAUGCCCAAAACAUUUCGUGUAGCGUAGUAGGGGAAACCCUAAUCUCUUCUGGACAGCUGCAACCACGCUCGACCACUGCCACGUCAGCCCUAGGUCUCUUGCUCCAGUCAUCCAAGUUCAAGGAAAUGAUGGAGAUGACUACAUCGGCGGGUGCUGAUAGUUGCCCGCUUUUGUCGUCGUCACCUCCAUCGCUGCCUGUUCUAUUGCCUGAGUCUGAUGAUCGGCGUGAUCAAUCGCUCUCGUGUGCAUUCCCUGACGACAUGCAGACUUAUUAUGAGGAUCAUCAUCAUCAAUGCCAAGAUUCUUCAAGCAUUAGCUUUGUGGAUGGGGAUGAUAGCAUAUUUAGUGAGCUCAACUCGUUCAUGCAGCCUAUGUUUCCAUGCGAUUUCAACACUAGUACUUAUUAAUGAGCUAGGUAUAGUAGUCACGUACGAUCGGAACCUUAAUAAAUGCAUGGAGAUAGGAACAUUAUUCUUCUAGCUCUAUUAUAAUUAUAAUUUAGUAUUUGAUGUCAAUUUAUUAUUUUUAAUUGUUAAUAUGCAGGAUCGAUCGGUUGAGAGAUCGAUCUCUUGGCCAAAUUAAUUAUAUAAGGCUUAGAGAGAAGGGUAUGAGAAUCUUGGCAAGUGAUCAUUCUCAUAUGUUUCACUCUGUUGGUCAUUAGUGAUUAUUGUGGGAGAGUAUUUAGGCUAGAUAACUCAAUAUUUGGUUCAUUUAUAUUGUUUGUAGAUGCAAAGAGCAAUAAACAAUAAUGUACUUUAUUAUGAUCAUUUUUUUAUCAAUAAUAAACAAGUACUCUCCACGUGAUCAA